CUCCGGAUCACGUAAGUAACCGGAACUGCCAGAAGGCACGAGAGAAGAGCGACGCAGAAAUGAAUGGGUGGAAAAACAUGGACAUGCUGUGACAGUGCUAUGACCGUAACGUCGUCAUGUUUAAAGUAGUAUAAAACAUAUACUAAACAUUUAUGGAUUUAACGAUGGAGUGCGAUAUUUUGGACUCUUUGGAGCAGCUUGGCUAUGACGGUCCUCUGCUGGAGGAGAAGGCGCUGCUCGGAGCCGCAGAGGGAGGCCUGUCCUCUCCAGAGUUUGUGGAGCUGUGCAGGUGGCUGGCAUCCAGUCUGAAGCUGCUGUGUGAUCUGGAGGAGAGCAUUACUUCCGGUCCAGAUGACAUGGACAGCCUUCAGCUGGAGAUGAGUGGUCUGCUCAAAGAGCUGCACUGUCCUUAUGAAGAUCUCGUUUCAGGGAUUCUUAAAGGCAGUGCGCGGAAUACGGAAGAUCAUCUCAAAUGUGUCUUGUUCCUGAGCUCUGAGCUCCAGGCGGCUCAGAUUGUGAGGAGAAGAGGAGACUCUCGUAAACAUGAAGAGAGUCCCGUUUGUCUGGAGCUCCUGGCAAUCUGUGAAACCCUGAACCUGCCGGAGCCCAGAGGACAGGACACAGCAGCUGUUUUGUCUCAAGUCCAAGACAAGGUUGAAAAAGUACUAAUAGAACUCCCCAAUGGCUCCAUUGAAAACCCAGUAAUGCAGAAAUCUCUACACAGUGAACAAUGGGAGAAGUUGCAGAACAUUAACGCAGCUCUGUCUUCAGAGUACGAGUGUCGGCGCAGGAUGCUGAUCAAACGGCUGGACGUCACAGUUCAGUCAUUUGGCUGGUCGGACAGAGCUAAGGUAAAGGUGGACAGCAUGGCGAGGGCCUACCAACCCAGGAGACACUCUAUGAAGCCGCAGUCCACAGUUGACAUGGCCCAGCUGCUGGCUGCCAGAGAGGACAUCUGCAACGUGGUGAAGACCAGCAGCGGCUCCAGCACGGAGAAAACCGCCUGCGCUGUCAACAAGAUUCUAAUGGGGAGAGUCCCGGACAGAGGAGGACGUCCCUCUGAGAUAUCAGCCCCCGCUCCCGAGAUGCCACCCUGGCAAAAAAGACAAGAUGGAGGAUGCGGUGGGGGCUGGGGAGGAGGAGGAAGUUGGAGAGGUAAAGGAGGUAGUAGGAACCAAGGAAGACAUGGUGGACAAGGAGGAAAGAGAGGACGGUACCAGUAUUAGUUUCCACUGACACAUCUUGUGUUUUUUGUUUUUUAUAAAUGAUCAAAAAAUCACGUUGGACAUGAACUGAACUCCAUGGAGGGAGAAAACCAUAUCUGAGCUCUCAUACAGUGUUUUGUACUUUUCAAUUUGAGCUUCAUUUUGCAUUCUUUAUUUUCUCAUCAGUGUUUGAGUUGAGUAACACCAAUCAUUUUAAGAAUUUCUUUAGCACAGGAGCAAACGAAUUUACAACUGCAAUGUGCCACAAUUCUGUAACUGUCUCCCAAAUCCAUAUUUCAUACUGACUUUAAGGAUGCUUCAGUGAGCUGUGUUUAGACUGUAGACAUCACUUAAGGUAUUACUACUGAAAAUAACUUGAUGGACCCUGUCCUUCCACAAUGCAGUGGACAUUAGAAAAGCUGUUCAUAACUUUAAAACUAAUAGCAGAUGUUUGUGAAACAGCCCCAGUAAACCUAAUUUAUUAUUAUAAGUUGUGGGGAAACUAUAACCAGUUCAGUAGGUGUAUUUUCUUUUAGAAUAUCUGCAAAAACCCUGAAAAGGAUACUAUGAAAAGCUGUUUAUAUUUUAUUAAAUUAGUGAGGAGUUUGGGACACAGCAUUUUCCACAAUGUUCAGAUAUGAGGGAGGAACCACUGCACGCUGAACAAAGACACUACACUGUUUAUUUCAUGGCAUAUACUACCAUUCUACCCUUUCAAUCAUGUGUUAUUGAAGUGAUAAAGGGAUUUAAAGAUAGAAAACUGAUCUUUGAAGAGGAGUCAGUGCGCACUCUGAAGACUGAAAUAACUGCUACCUGUUAGAAACGAGCUGAGGAUCAGAAGAUCAGCUCUCGCCUCAUUUCCUUGAAGAUUCUGUACCAGCUUUGAUCCUUUUCACCUCUGAAUUUAUUUAAUAAAGACCUGUUUUUCAAAUGUCAA